CUUCGACGCCCACAAGAUCGCAAUAAGAUCUCCGAUUCUCAAAAGCAACGGUGCUAUACGACUCCAAUAAGUGUGGAAAACCGCACCCUCGCCCUCAAUGAACUUCACACCCAAAACUUCGGAUACACAAGCCAUGUUCUCCAAAAGCCGAUUGUACGGGGGGCUUUGAACAAACUCCUUUACCUCCAGUCUCUCAUCAUUACCGAGCUACAAAAGCCAGUCGAAGAACAGAAAGAAUGGAUACUCUACUCUGACCCUACCGUCAUCCUCGCAAAUCCUGACAUACCUUUCCACCGCUUCCUCCCACCCAUCACAGAUAUCCAAACAUUCAAGACCCUCUCGACCAUCGCCACGAAAUCUGAAAGAGAGAAAACUGAUACAGCGGUCUUCUUCAUCCGGGUCAGCGGGGGCUCACUUCGGUUCUUGACAGAAGCAAUGGAAUUGAUCUACAACUUGCCAGACAACGAAAAUGAAGACAAAGAUACAGAUCUCCCCUCAUCAGCCCUUCAAACCAUUCUACUCCUUCCCCACCACCUCGAAAAGAUAAUCUACCAACCUCGCGAAUGGUACAAUAGUACCUCGUCUCUCUUCUAUCAACCCUGCUAUCGCACGCUAGCGCAUCGUCUCCUUCCCUCCCCUAUCACUCAAACCAUACCAGUUGACAAGGAAGGAGAAACUAUGAUAUUUCCUGAUGCAGAUACAGUGCACCGUUUUGGGCACGUUGUGAGCGAAGCGAGACGUGUAUUGAAUGAGGCGAAGGAAAAGGGCCAUACGAGUGAACAGGGAGAGUGGUGGGAAGUGGUGAGCGAGGUGAAGGAGUGGGUUGAGGGUAGGACCUGGGAUACGGAGGAGUUGCAGAGGAGGGUGCGGGUU